AUGUCAUACUCAGAUCUCAAGGGCAAAGUCUUCAUUGUGACUGGUGCUGCGGCGGGCAUGGGUCGUGAUAUCUCAUUGCGUCUUGCUCGACAGGGAGCUGCUGUUGGGCUCAUAGACUUACGAAGUCCCGAUGAAACUUUGGCAGAUAUUGAAAAACACGGAGGGCAGGCGCUUAAGUUUUCGUGCGAUGUCAAAGACUCUAAAGCAUUGGACGACAUCAUUCGUCAGGUGGCAGAGAAAUUUGGGCGUCUAGACGGAGCGGCGAAUAUGGCUGGCUACGUUGGAACGCAUUCGUUGGAAACUAUGACUUCAGAUCAAUGGGAAAACAUGAUUGGCGUGAAUCUGACUGGAGUGAAAAACUCAAUCGCAUCGGAACUUCGCUACAUGAAAGGGUCUGGGUCAAUCGUGAAUGCUUCUAGUCUUUCAGGAACUCAAGGGCACGCCAAUCACGCAGCUUACUGUAGCAGUAAGUGGGGAGUAAUUGGCCUGAGUAAAGUCGCUGCACAGGAGGUUGGGGCACGCGGAAUUAGGGUCAAUGCUGUGGCGCCUGGUUUCGUCCACACAGCUUUGACCGCAAGUAUAAUGCCGAAAGAGCAGCUCGAGAAGACUUUCAAUAGCCAUAUUGCCCUGGGAAGAAUGGCAGAGCCUGAAGAUAUAACAAGAGUCAUCUUAUUCUUGUUGAGUGACGAGGCGAGGUAUAUAAGCUCAGCUGUGAUCCAUGUUGAUGGAGGCUAUCAAUGA